CGUACACCUCCUCCAACAUGCUGAAUCCAGUGUGAUCCUUCAAGAAUGGAGUCGCGAACGGUGCUGCCCAGCGGUUCUGCAGCCAAUCGACGCCACGGCCCCCAAAAACCCCCUGGUCAACCAGAGCUGCGAGCGGGCGGCGCAGCGCGGCCGAUGCGACGAACGUUGCGCUACGGUGGAUUCACACAAGCAACGGCAUAAAAGAUCCAACUGAUGCGUAUGUAAGUAAAUGCUGGGGACCCUAAUAUGUAGUUAAAUGUUGGGGGCCCCGGCAGCAAGGGCUUCACUUUCGCCCUCGAGCCGUCUGCUUCGACAUUCAAUCAUCCUCCGUCCUCCGCUGGCGCGAUGGCCGACAUCACCGGACAGCGGGCCGCCGUGCUCGGGCCCCUGACGACGACAUGGACGAUGCCGGACAGCUGCACCGUGCACGUCCUGGACUGCGCGACGUGCAGCGAGGGCUUCCGGGGCCAGACGUGCAUCGUCAGCGACGGCAGCGUGGAGCCCGUUGACUACACCGGCUGUUGGCCGCCCAUCACCGAUCAUGCGCCGUUGCCGCGGACGCCCUUCCUCGGCUGGGGGUUCUACUCGCCCGGCUUGGUGUGCCCGGCCGGCUACACGACCGCCUGCUCGGCAGAGUACGGCAAGCGGGCCGAGUGGGACAUCCAGUUCACCCUUCUCCCCGGCGAGACCGCGGUGGGCUGCUGUCCAGAGGGUUUCCGCUGCACCAACGCCAACGGCAACACAUGCAUCGCGUUCGCUUCCAUCGGCACCCAGAUCGAGGUGACGACGGGCAUGUGCGCCAGCUCCGGCCUCUUCAGCGUCAACCAGGCCACCUUUCCCGACGUGAUCACGACGACCACGACGGACAGCGCGUCGAACACAACCGUCGAGGCGGUGACGCGCCAGAUGAUUCUGCUCGCGCCCAUGUUCCAGAUGAACUACCAGUCGUCCGACCUCGUGUCGUCGUCGUCAUCAUCGUCGUCGUCGGCGGCGUCGACGUCGACCCCGACGUCGGGCGUCUCCUCGUCCACGCCGACGCAACCGGGCGCCACCGCCGGCGCGGGCUCUGCCGCCGAGGGGUUGUCGGCAAGCGGUAAGGGCGGGCUCAGCACCGGAGCCGUUGUCGGGAUAGCCGUGGGCGCCGCGCUGGCGGGGGUCUUGCUCACGGCGAUCGUGGCCUGGAUCUGGUUCAAGAGGAGGGGGGAGAGAGCGGCUGCGGCCGGGCAGGGGCCUGCUGGCUGGGCGGGCGACGGCGCCCCCUGGGCCAAGCCCCCGCCAGUGUACGAAGUUGCCGGAAAUCUGCACACCUGGCCAACUUCGGAGAUGUACGCGGCCCAAGGGAGCAUGACAGCCGAGCUGCCUACGGAGGCUGGGCGUGGGUAGCGCUGCCGUACCGGAGUUGAUCGAGCGUCGAGCCUUUGCGUCGGACGGAGACGGAUGGUUGAGGCUCAGUGCGGGCGGGGAGCAUCAAUCAUGGCACCGGUGAUGCUGGCGUCAUACUAAUCAUGAUUAAACCCGAUGUACAUACAUAUCUACUUACAUAGGUACAUACGGCACAACCAUCGUUGCUCAAGUCUCAGCGACAAUGGCAUUCCCUGUAUGUAUUUGCACCUGUAAGGGAACUUGUACACUUGUUACUUCAUGACUGAAAGCAAGUGUUUAAUGCGGACGGCCCUGUCCUGCUUCUGCCAAUGUAGCCAACGGUAUCCUGCCUGUCG